GGCUGUCAGGAGCCGGUGUGCGACUCACCCGGUUAUAAGGGUAGGGAUUUGGCUCUCGAUGGGUAUUCACAACUGUCGGCCUCCACCUCGAUGUUUGUUUUUGAGCCAACAGAUGAUUCACUUACCCACGAAAAUCUGUCCGAGUGCACUGAAUGGAGAUUCCCAUGGUUAAUUACACUUUGCAUAGUGUUGGCCGUGUUAUUACUAUUAAUGUUAUUGUUGAACAUGUUCAUGUGCUCAUCACUCAGUUGUCGCUGUAUUAAAACUGAGAUCGUCGAACAGGAACCGGACGAGACAGUCGACGACUACGACCCAUACCGGGCCGACUGGACGGCCCCGAACUCACGGUACGGGUCCCGCAAUUCACUGAACAAAGGCUAUCCCGAGGGGACACUCAAGUCAAACAAAUCACAGCCAAAGUCGUAUCACUUGGGCUACGAUAACGAUGACUACGUCCCCGACCAACACAACCGGUCCUACUCUACACUACAAACCCGUUCGCCCCGACCCCGAUCGCCGGGUCCGCCCCUCUCAACCUACUCGACCCACUCGUUAAAGUCAAACAAAAAAUUAAAGCCAAUUAAAACGAUCGAGAUCGAUUACUCUAUUGACAACAAUAAUAAAAAUCCGUAUAAUUUGGCCCGUCGUUAG